AUGGAGGUACGCGCUUCUGUCUUCGAUUUUCUUUCUUUUUUGUGUCACUCUUCUGCGAAUUUACACUUUCACUGUUGUUACUGCUUGUUUGCAUGUCAUUGA